CAUUAACGUUUUUAUUAAAUUAAAAGCGAAGAAGCAAAAAAAAGAUCAGACGAAUUAACAAACAACACAGAAAGCUGGAAGAAGAGAAAGAAAAAUUCCUUCUUUCCUGCAGAAGAAAAGAGAAGAGAAUCUAUCGAACAUAAAUCUCCGAUAGGUUUUGCUGUGUAGACCAGACCCUUUUGCUCAAUCGUAAUUUGUGAAAGAUGAUGGUAGCUAACAGCUUCGAUCUUUGGCAAAAGGAUGUCUUUUUCUCAGCAGCAGAGGAGGUUCAAGAAUCUGCCGAUGCAAUGGAAUCUGCGUAUAGGGUGUGGGUUAAAGAGAAGAGACAAGGUCGAGUAACGGUAGAAUCAGACCAGCUCUGCAUUGAACUUCAAGCUGCUUUGAGCACUGCUAAGUGGCAGCUGGAAGAGUUUGAGAGGGCAGUGAGGUUGAGCCACGGACAUUGCCGGGACGACACUACCUUAACUCGGCAUAAACAGUUUGUCAACGCUAUUGAGAACCAGAUCUAUCGAGUGCACUGUGCUCUCCAAGAGGCUUUAACCGAGAACGGGAAACAGAAGCCUUUGCGUUUGGUGGAUCUUAACAAAGAAGAGCGUGAUGACCUUGCAAUGUUUCUCUCUGGCUCUUCUCUUACCUCAGAGAGUAGCAUCAGCUUGAGAGACUCCUCAACAAGCUCCUGUGUGAUAGACAUUGACGAGGGAGGUAGCCCUGAGAGUGCUGAUGCUAUAAUCCGCGUGCAGCAGGCUGAUAAAAGGUUUGGGACAAGAAGGACAUGGAGUUCGCCGAAUGUUCCUAAUGUAACUGCGUUGAGGGUUAGUGUUCCUGUUGAUGUGGAGGUAGAGGAGAAGAGGAAGAGGCUUGUGUUUGACGUUGAAGACACUCCUAAAGAGAAAGGAUCUAAACCUAUGUUUGGUUAUAACCUAGUAAGAUCUUUGACAGAGUCAGAUGCUAUCAAAGGCGGUUUCGUGUUCCAUAUAGCAGACCGGUCCAGCUCGUUCUUUCCUUCACGCUAAUCUUGUUUCUUCUAUUAAUGUUUGGAGUUUAUUAGUCUUGAGAACUUUAAACUGUGGUUUUGGAAACUCUCAAGAAAGUUUGACAGGUUUUUUAAAGAUUGUUGCGUAUUAGUGACACACCUUAGAUUCUACAUGAUUCAACAUCCCUCAAGAAAGAUGAGAGAUUGAAGGCUUUCUCAAGAACAAGCCUGCCUUCUUUUACUUUCUUUUAUCCUCAAGAAACAUAUAUUUAGGAACUUGUAACUUCGUAGGUCUAUUUGUAAAGUAUACUAAAAAAAAUUGUGUGAAAUCGAUACGGUUAAAGGUUGUUGAAGUUCACUAUGGUCCUUUGAAAAAAUUGGAUUUUUGAGUAUGGUGUU